CCCCCCAAAAUCCCAGAGUGAUGGAGAUGGGAUACACAUAUCCAGAGAACUUGGAACCCGUGUGUCUGCUCAUUCCACAUUAACCUCUCCUUUUCCUCUUGAUGCAGGUCUUGGCCACUCCACUGAACUGGCAUUUGCUGUGGAGCCAAGUGAUGAUGUUGCAGUCCCUGGGCAGCCUGUCGUGCUAGGCUGCGAGGUGGAGGGGACUCCUCCAGUGCGAAUCACCUGGAGGAAGAAUGGGGUGGAGCUGCCAGAGAGUACCCACUCCACUGUACUGGCCAACGGGUCCUUGAUGAUCCACCACUUCCUGCUGGAUCGAGGAGGCAGCCCUUCGGAUGAGGGUGACUAUGAGUGUGUGGCUCAGAACCGCUUUGGGCUGGUGGUCAGCCGGAAGGCUCGAAUCCAGGCUGCAACCAUGUCCGACUUCCACGUGCAUCCCCAGGCCACUGUGGGUGAAGAGGGCGGAGUGGCCCGCUUCCAGUGCCAAAUCCACGGGCUUCCCAAACCCCUGAUCACCUGGGAGAAGAACAGAGUCCCCAUCGACACGGACAAUGAGAGGUACACACUGCUGCCCAAGGGGGUCCUGCAGAUCACAGGACUUCGAGCUGAGGACAGCGGCGUCUUCCACUGUGUGGCCUCAAACAUCGCCAGCGUCCGGGUCAGCCACGGGGCCAGGCUCACUGUGUCGGGCUCGGGCUCCGGGGCCUACAAGGAGCCUACAAUCCUCGUGGGGCCUGAGAACCUCACCCUGACCGUGCACCAGACCGCUGUGCUCGAGUGUGUCGCCACGGGCAACCCGCGCCCCAUUGUGUCCUGGAGCCGCCUGGAUGGCCGUCCCAUCGGGGUGGAGGGCAUCCAGGUGCUGGGCACAGGGAACCUCAUUAUCUCAGACGUGACUGUCCAGCACUCAGGCGUCUACGUCUGUGCGGCCAACAGGCCCGGCACCCGGGUGAGGAGAACAGCACAGGGCCGGCUGGUGGUGCAAGCCCCAGCAGAGUUUGUCCAGCACCCCCAGUCCAUCUCCAGGCCAGCUGGGACCACAGCCAUGUUCACCUGCCAAGCCCAGGGUGAGCCACCCCCUCACGUCACGUGGUUGAAGAAUGGGCAGGUGCUGGGGCCCGGAGGUCACGUCAGGCUCAAGAAUAACAACAGCACCCUGACCAUCUCUGGAAUCGGCCCUGAAGAUGAGGCCAUCUACCAGUGCGUGGCCGAGAACAGCGCCGGCUCCUCUCAGGCCAGUGCCAGGCUGACUGUGCUGUGGGCCGAGGGGCUGCCCGGGCCCCCCCUCAACGUGCGGGCCGUCUCUGUGUCGUCCACUGAGGUCCGCGUGUCCUGGAACGAGCCCCUGGUCAACACCAAGGAGAUCAUCGGCUAUGUCCUGCACAUCAGGAAGGCUGCCGAUCCCCCGGAGCUGGAGUAUCAGGAAGCAGUCAGCAAGAGCACCUUUCAGCACCUGGUGAGCGACCUGGAGCCCUCCACUGCCUACAGCUUCUACAUCAAGGCCUACACGCCCCGGGGUGCCAGCUCCGCCUCUGUCUCAACGCUGGCCAGCACUCUAGGCGAAGCCCCCGCCCCACCCCCGCUGUCGGUGCGGGUUGUGGGCAGCUCCACCCUGCAGCUGCUGUGGGAGGCCUGGCCCCGGCUAGCCCAGCACCAGGGUGGCUUCAAGCUGUUUUACCGCCCAGCAAGCAAGGCCUCCUUCAACGGCCCCAUCCUGCUGCCUGGAACUGUCUCCUCCUACAACCUCAGCCAGCUCGACCCCACUGCAGUGUACGAGGUGAAGUUGCUUGCCUAUAACCAGCACGGGGAUGGCAAUGCCACAGUCCGCUUCGUAUCUUUGAGAGGAGCAUCUGAGAGGACAGCCCUGAGCCCACCCUGUGACUGCCGGAAGGAGGAGGCCACCAACCAGACGUCCACCACAGGCAUCGUCAUCGGCAUCCACAUCGGGGUCACCUGCAUCAUCUUCUGUGUCCUCUUCCUCCUGUUUGGCCAAAGGGGCAGGGUCCUCUUGUGUAAAGAUGUAGAAAACCAGCUGUCCCCUCCUCAGGGCCCCCGGAGCCAGAGGGACCCUGGCAUCCUGGCACUGAAUGGGGCGGGACGGGGAGAGCGGGGCCAGCUGGGCCGAGAUGAGAAGCGUGUGGACAUGAAGGAACUGGAGCAGCUGUUCCCCCGAGCUGGGGCUGGGGGGCCGCCAGACCCCAGACCCAUGCAGGAUCCCGAGGCCCCUGCCCCGUGUGAGGAGACCCAGCUCUCCGUGCUGCCACUUCAGGGGUUCACCCUCCUGGAGGACAUGACAUCGGAGGCCAAGGUCCCUGGCAUAGGCCCCCCAGCUGCCCUGCCAUCCCAGGACAUCAGCCCUGGCCUCCUGAGUGAAGGACCAGCCGCCCAGCCAGCCCACUUGGGACAGUAGCCAGUGUCCAGCAGGCUCUGGAGGGAGCAAACCCCGUUCUCAGGUCAAAGGCAAGAUUUCUCCUGUCAUGUGGGCUUCAGAUGGGGGCUUCCCAGCAUUUCUGUCCUGACUGCUCCUCAGAUGCUCAGGACCUACAGUAGCACCGUGGCAGGGAACCCCCCACCCCGCAAAGGACCCGGAGGGAAUCCUGCAGAAGCCCCUCCCUUGGGCCAAGGGGCACCCCCCAACCUCUGCCUGGUACCCAUGUGACUUGGAACUGAACUAAUGGUUUUCUUUUUUAAAAAAUAACAAACUUGAAAUCCAAAAAAAAAAAAAAAAAAAAAGAGAGCGAAGAGAGAGGAAGGUGAAUUAGACUCCAAAAACAUGCCCCUGCUGUGGCUGGGCCCCGACACUGUCACCCUCCACGACCUUGUUUUCUCAGGAUGGAUUUUUGCUGUUUUGGCUCUCAGCACCUACCUCAGCCGGAAUGAAUGUCCUCGGGGGAGUGGGGUCGUGGCCUCAGCCCCCUGCCCCACAGAGCCCCGAAUGCACUCCUACCUCAAGCCCCUUUAGGGGCACCCCCUCUCCCUCCCUACAUUGUUGUCCAGAGUUUUAAAAAAAAAAAAAAAAAAAAGGAAAAAAAAGCACUUCCCUAUUUCCAGGUGUGAAAGAAAAUGUCUACCUCGAGGCUCGCUGGCUCUCGGGCCUGUGUUGUAUCACUGGACCCUCCCUCCCGGCUCCUCACCAAGGUUGGGCCUCUUGGGGCUUGUAGAAAUAAAGAUGGAAUUGGUCAAAGAAAAUGUGAAAAAAAAAAAAAAGCCAAAAAUAAGAGGAAAAUUGGUUCCUGGGAGUAUCAAUUGUUGCUCCAGACUAGCCACCUCCCUGCACGCUGUUGGUGCUCCCGUCUCGUCUGCGUGUCCACUCGUGUGUUGACCCUCUCGGCCAACUCCUCCUUGACUGGCUGGGACCCCCAGACCCUCUCUGCGCCUGGACCUCGGAGGGUGGGACGUCACCCCGCAGCCUGCCUCCUGUCCUGCCCGGACACAGAGCUGGCCCCUAGGGUGCACUGUGUGUGCAGGGGGCUGUGUGUGUGCCAGGGGGGUCCCCAGCCCUCUGUCCCAUGGGACACCGCCAGCCUGACCCACCUCCCCCCGGGCAGUGGAGCCACCACUGUCAGCAGAUGUGGCCGGAAGCUAUUUUUCUACAAGUUGUGUCUAAGGAUUUAUGUUCUUGUGACUUUUUGUUUCUCUUUUCUGUUGUGGUGUUCUUUGAAAGACUUAGUUAAAGAGAAAGGACAAAAAAAAAAAGAAAACAAGGAAACAAAAUCCUAUUUUUGGUUACACUCAGAAACAUUUUUUUAAAUAGCAGAAAGGAAACUUUUUUUUAAAGGAGAAAAAAAUGUGUAUUCCUUAAAUACACGAUUAGACCAUAAAGUCCCUGACCCCCCAACCCUCUAGGGACCCCCCAACCCCAAACUUUAGUUAAUUAGCUGAGGAAGGUAGAUUUGGUGGUGUUUUUCUAGAAGACGGGAGUCUUGUCCAGGUGGACUUGGGGAAGGGCGGCGGUCCCUUCUCCCAAAUGCGGGGCCUGAGCUGAGGGCACCUCAGACCUCCCAGGCAGUGCCCCUCGGUUCUCAGUCCUCGGUCCUCGCAGCGACUUCUCUGCAUCCCCUUUCAUCCUGGAACCCCCCUCUCCCAUGGGAAGGGUGGGUCCGGGGGAGGAGGGACGAGGGCCACCUGGCCUAUCUUGGGUUUUGUCACACUCAUUUUGACUGAAUAAAAGUCCUGUUGCC